CUAGCCUCGUUUUCUAAUUUAAUCCUCCCACUGAUUCCUGACUACAAGUCCUCACUCAAACAUUCCCAAUAUAAGAAGGAUAGGCGGCAGACGAGCUACUUGCUAGAAAAGAAUUAUCGCAUUCAACAUGUAUAUUAUGUCGGCGUUUUAAAGAAAGAAAAGUACCCAUACAGCCCGCUGAGUUUCUCGCGGGAUCUUCUCAGCGGGUCUCGAUUCCGAUAGUAGAUUCAUUCGCGAAGCAAUUGCUCUUGAGCUGUUAGGUCUCCUUCGGAGGCGCUCGGGCAGAUGUUAGCAAAUCCCUUCCAUCCUGGCUAAGCCUUUGCUCGUCCACCUGUCUUAGUGAAACUGAAAAGGCCUCCGUGCCACCAGUAAUGCUUCAUUUAAAAAAAAAGAAGAUCAAUGCUCCGCGCGGCCGUUAAAUGCUUCGAGUGCAAUAGCGCCAACAAUUCCGCCUGUCUGGAUCUGAACCUUCCCAGGAUGCACUCCAUCGUCCCUGUCGUGGACUGCGGGAAGACCUUGCCUCACGUGUUGAGCAAGCAAUUCUUUUGCCGAAAGAUCACGCAGACAAUUCUCCACCCAGAACAAACGCCAGAGGUCCGAAUAACAAGAAGUUGCGGCUGGAUCAAACACAAGCGGGCAUGUUAUACGGCAGACAAUAAAGACCAUUUAGAGACCGUGUGCCAAUGCUUCGGUGAUAUGUGCAAUUCCGCGUCCACAAUAACAAACGUCAAAGUUGCGUUUUUGACAGCUACCGUCGCCAUAUUGACUGUUUGUCGAAAUUGGCGGGAACGUAAUGUGAUUUAAAUCGAUUUAUUGUAUUGAAUAAAGCUUGUUUUCUACAA